AUGAAGGCCAUCCAGACUCCGCAGAAGGAAGCACCGAGAUCUGCAGAAUCUGCAACUCGGCGAUCGAAGGACGCUCAAAUGAAGUCCAUCUCCCAACAAGUUAACAAGCCUCACAAGAUCGCCAAAAAAUGCUUGAAUUCUUCAUUCACGAUAGUCUCGAAGGACCUACCUCCUGCGAAACUGGAAUCGGCGGAUUCCUCGUUGGUGCCGGAGAUUUCCUCUGAAGAUCAAUCGGCAGAGUUCUCGGAGAGCUUUCUGUUACCGCUGGAUCAAGCCCUGUCAGUUUCACACGAAGCUUUUAAUUCGUUGAAUCUCUCUUCAUCGUCAGAAACGCCGUUUGAUUUCCCUUCAUCGCCAGAUAUCACAAGCAAUUCAAAGACCAUCAGCAAUAAACUAGAAUCCAGCGAGGGUACACUGGAGAACAGUGCAUUCAUCCUUUCUGCUGACUGUGUAAAGAUGGGGAACGUUGAAGCAGAGAUAAGCGUGGAUUGUCUCGAAGAGGCCUUGUCUCGGAUUUUAAAUUCAUCGGAUGUUGAUGCUCGGUCUAAGAAGAUAGUGAAUGCCUUGGUGAGGAUCGUCAUCAACGAUGUUUGUCAUUUGCCCGAAGAACAAGAGAAGUUAUCUGAACUUGCGUGGGCAAAGGUUCGCAUCGGAUUCUUCUUCUGUGUCUUGCUGUGGAUCAUUUCGUUUUCACUGAUUCUGUUCACUAAGGUUGCCGCUCGAAGCUCUUUUACGGAUCCUCCUCCGACGUGAAUGUUUCAUAUCUCUCCCACGUGCUUUAAUCGUCUAUUUGGCCAUGGCGUUUUUCCUAUGGCUAUGGCUAUGGGCUUGGGCUAUCUUGGACUUUUCUUUGGGUUGGGCCGGUUCUCGGACUUGUACUCAAGCUUAGGAUUGGACUAGAACCAUCUACCCUUCCCAUGUGGAACGUUGACUUGGGCCCAAGCAUAGGAUCGGACCAGAAACUUUUUUUUUUUUUUUUUUUUGUAUCCUGAUAUUGCUCGUAUUAUCACUCUACCCUACCUUCUAUGGGCAUUGAUUUCAUGCCAGUCUAAACGCCUUUAAUGGUGAGAACUUGAUUUGAUGACAAUCUCUAAUGGUGAAAAGCUUGAUGGAACAUGCUGUAUGAUAGCACUAGCAUGCUAGUUGUAUGU